AGUCCCUGCUGCCAGAACAACUAUAUAUGUCGGUUUUGCCACGAUGACACUGAGAACCACACGUUGGACAGGGCCAACAUCUCAGAAGUAGAAUGUCUUGCUUGCAAUAAGCAACAGCCACUUAGCCAGACGUGCUGUAACCCUGAUUGCGGCAUAAAAUUUGGAAAUUACUACUGUGGUUUAUGCAAGCUGUUUGAUGAUGAAGAUAGACAGCAGUACCAUUGUGAUGGGUGUGGCCUUUGUCGUGUUGGAGGCCGGGAUAAGUUUUUCCAUUGCGACACGUGCGAGAUGUGUCUCCCUAUCAGCAUUGUCGACACUCAUAAGUGCAUCGUCAAAGUCAGCAAGGCCAACUGCCCUGUCUGUUUAGAGGACAUUCAUACGUCACGCAUCGUCUCUCACGUACCAUCUUGUGGUCACCUGAUCCAUCGACCCUGUUUCCAUAGUCUCAUAAAGGCAGGGUUCUAUGCCUGCCCAACGUGUGGUACUUCCAUGAUGAAGAUGAAUGAUCUGUGGAAAUCACUGGAUGAAGAGAUAGCAGAUACACCCAUGCCAAAGGAAUACAGGGACCUCUACUGUUACGUUCUUUGUCGGGAUUGUCACAAGGAAUCAUUGACGUUGUUUCAUGUGUUGGGCCAUAAAUGUCUAGAAUGUGGCUCUUACAAUACUGUUAGGGGCAAGGGAGGACUCUUCAGAAGACAAUCGCCACAGCAAGCCUCUGGGACGGACCAGGCAGAGACUGUGGAGGAAGCAACGGGAAUGGACGCAGCUGAGGAGGAUCACAUAUAGAGAAGUUGGACCUGUGGAGCUUAUCUCUUGGUCAGCUGGACACAGAUAUAGGGUUGGCAGACAAAGGCCUCCACUCCUCUGCUGAGAUCUUUGAAAAGGGACGGGUUGCAAGAACCAGUUUGUGCAUAUGUAUGACAAUUUCGACAGUCGUUUCUACAAUACAUGGGCUGUAUUCUUAAACGUGCAACUCAGAUUCUAGCGCUGUCAUUGUAGCAAGAGGAACAUUUUAUGUGGAUUUUUUUUUUUUUUUUAUUGAAAAAUCAUUAUUGUUGCUUUUUUCCCCUUAUGAAAUUAGCUAUAUGGUCUCCAGUCUUAGGAAGGGAGAAACUGGUAGUGCGCCCUAGACGCUGAAGUACUCUAAUCCGCCUAGUCUGUUUAAAAAGUAAAUUAUAUUGUGGUGUUCAAGGUAGGCAAUUUCAAUACAAACACCAAAUGAUAUUGUAAUAUAAUUUUUAAGAUACAAAAGAUGUAGACAUAAUUCGCGAGUGUCAGAUAACUAGAAUUUUAAAAUUUUGCAAGUCGUAGUACUUCCAGAGUCGGGUGAGGUGCCGUUUUUUUGUUUUUUUUUCUUCUUUCCUGAGACUAGGUGAUGUAACAUAGUGAAGAUCAACUUUGUGAGCCUUUUUGUAUUCAUUUUCCCUUGUAGCUACAAAUAUACACUGGAUGAACGAAAAGAUGAUAAGAAUUUUAUUGAAUUUCGUUAUUUAUGUUGUUGUUUUUUUUAUGAUACUUAAAAAGAUUCUGAUAGUUUGACAUGAGGAUGACACUUAAUUAUAAUGUUGAUUACAUUUUCCUGUUACGAUGACAUACAUAUGCAUAUGUAAACACACACACA